GGACUGGACACCUGGAGCUCGGCUUGGUGCUUAGCUGUGGAUCUCUGUAUCUGCUUCCAUCAGUUACUGAAUGAAGGCUCUCUUAGUCCAAUAGGCAUUGGCGGACUCUCAAAAGGAUUGAAGUGGUGCCAUGCAGCAAGAAGCAGAGAGAUGCAGAGUUCGAACCAAAAGGCCUGACAUGGCACUUUAUGUACCCAAAGCUCGAAGGGGUACAGCACUUCUCAAGGCAGGUGACAAGGAAGAAAGCUGUCAGCCUCCUGCCUUUGUGGUGAAAGAGCAAAAGGAAGGUUGUCUUCCCCAGAAGAUCUCUGGAAAUAACCCUGAGUCUCAAAGACUAAGUGGCCGUUCUCAUAGAGAGGAGUAUGACUGUAAGGAAGGAAAGAGAUCUUCAUCAAAAUUAAGGAAAGACAGGUGUCUUCAAAAAAAGAAUAAAGAUAAGGUUUGUGCUAAGAGAGGAAGUGAAGAAUCCAAAGAAGCCUCAUCUCAAGAAGCCCCCUGUGCUGGGAUUCUAUCUAAUAUACCUCUACAAAGACUUUUUGAACCAAAGGAAAUGGAGUGUUUGGAAGUUCCAUCUGCAGGAGUGACGGGACACCAGGAGGUGCUUCUAUCGAAGUCUUACUCAGAAGUCAGUGGUGCUCAGGUUCUAAACAGAUCAUUCCAGAACAUGGGGCUUUGUGCUUUUAGUGGAGAAACUUUUGUAAAUAGAAAGUUGGAAAGCAGAAUUGAAACAGAGGCCAAAGUUAUGGAGCUAGUCUCCCAAUUUCCUCAAGUUGUUACCGCUCUGUUGAAACCAGAGGGUAUGGUUAUACCAGUAACACUAAGUUCUGAUCCUGCAACUGCACCACCCGGUGUGGAAACAUCAGAUGGAGUGUCAGAGCACAGUCCUGGGAGCAACUCUGCAGUUUCUGUUCCUGGAGGUCCAGGUGAUGAUGUUGAGACGACUUUUAUAGACUUUGAAGUUGAGAGUGAGGAUACAGUCAACACUACAGAGUCUGUCUUGGGUCAGAAAGGUGUAGAUUCCAUUCCUGAGACUAUGGGUAACAUGUCUCUUAAAAUGGCUAUAGUUAGCAAAGUAGAGAGCACAAAUGUCAUUAUUGAUCCAACAGUGACUAGAGAAUGUAAGAGUGCCAACUCUGCUGAUAAGCUAUGUGUAAAGUAUGAACCGUCUGAUACAGCUGUCCUUGCUCGUGAAAUAGACACCGAUAAUGGAUUUAAGAACGCAUGUGACACGCCCAGCAAGGCGUGUAUGGAGGACGUUGCAGGUGCACUUGGUGAUCAUGUGACUGCAGGCAGCCCAUUUGUAGUUGCGGUUAGAGAAUCUGAUGAGGGUAGUAGCAGUACAAGUAAUUUCUCAGAUUAUCUAGAAAUGAGUGCAGACGCAGCCCUUCUCGAUGCGGCUGAAAGUGAGAAUGACUCUGAAAACGUUAGCAGCCUAACUGCUUGCUCAGAUGUUUAUGCUGAGAGUAUUGCAUCUAGUUUUACAGAGUCAACAGGAAAGUUGAUAGAGAGUGUGUCAGAUUGUGCUUCCUCUUUACCCAUAAAGAAGAUUGCUGAUAGUAAUUGUACCACUUGUUUGGACUCUGAACUGAGUGUGUCAAAUGGGACAGAAGUCCUUUUGGAGAGUGCCUUGGGCAGUGAUCUGAACAGUACUGAGGAGAUAACAGAGGCAUUGCACGAACUAAGAACUGCUGAAGAGUUUAAAACAAAAGAGGAAGAUGAUUCAGAGAAUGCAGUGUGUGGCCUAUCGUUUUCUGAUAGAGAUUCAUCUGUGGAAACAUCCGGAGAGCUAAAAAAAACAGACACUUCCCACAUUCAAGGAAGUAUUGCUGUGGAGGAAAGCUGGGAAUCUAUGUUUAAUGAUGAUGGUGACUGUGUAGAUCCGCGUCUUCUCCAAGAGUUAUCAGGGAAUAUGAAGAACAGAAAAAGCAUCCAGGAACCUAGAUUUGAUUAUUACAGCCAUGAACUUCCUGAUAUUGACCUCAGUGAAUGUGAAUUCCCACAUGUCAUUGAAAUUUAUGAUUUUCCACAAGAAUUCCGUACGGAAGACCUUUUGCGGAUUUUCUGCAGUUACCAAAAGAAAGGAUUUGAUAUUAAAUGGGUAGAUGAUACACAUGCCCUAGGAGUAUUCUCCAGUCCAAUCACAGCUCGUGAUGCUCUGGGUAUUAAACACACCAUGGUGAAGAUUCGGCCCUUGUCACAGGCCACAAGAGCAGCCAAGGCCAAAGCUAGAGCUUGUGCUGAGUUUCUCCAGCCAGCCAAGGAGCGCCCUGAGACUUCAGCAGCUUUAGCCAGAAGGUUAGUCAUCAGUGCCCUUGGGGUUCGAAGCAAACAGAGCAAAACGGAACGGGAAGCAGAGCUCAAGAAACUGCAAGAAGCCCGAGAAAGAAAACGGUUGGAAGCCAAGCAACGGGAAGACAUCUGGGAAGGCAGAGGCCAAUCUGCAGUUUGAACAUCACUUACAAAAGGGCGAAUCUAUGAAUUAGGAAGUGUUUUCAUAUUCUUGAGACAAGAGGAUCCUUCCAGAGCCGUGUACAUGCACAUGAGCAUGUUAAAGAAAACGUGAACAAGACAAAAGACUGGAGGGUAUAGCAAGAACAAGGAGUCCUAUCCUCACCCCUGUGUUCAGAACUGCCCUCCUAUGGUAGAUGUUAAAAGGCACCGUCAAGAGAGAAGAAAAAUGGAGGAAGUGGCUUCCAAGAGUCCUCUGGGGAGAAGAGGUCAUGUUAGUGUGGGUCACACUUCCACGGAGUCUAAAGCGAGUGCAAAGCAGAACAGAGGAUUCCGAGCCUGCAGUGACAGAAGGUGGAGGCCCACAGGGCAGGGUAUUCCUUAGUACUUCACCAAGUUGAGACCAGCAGAGCGGGUGGUGGGAAGCCUUCAUAGAGACAGAAGGGCCUGGUGUACUCGGCAGGUAACGUCUACACUGCCGGCUCCAGAACUCUAAAGCCAGGGAAGUGCAGCACACGUGGCUGUUUGGACCCCUGAGUUUGUACUAAACUUGGUACCUGGUACUGCUCCAGCUGCACAGAAGCCAGGGGUCUUCCCCCUUCCUUCCUCGCAGUAAGCCAGUCCUAGGGCGCUGAGUGCCAGCUCCAAUUUAAGCAGUAAUACGUUGUGAGAGGGAGAGAUUAAAGGCUAUUUUAUAAUAUAAUCACUUUGGUGUUUAUAAGUUUUGCCCCCCCCCCCAACCCAACCACAGCGAAAGCAGAAAAAACAAAGAAGAGCCCGUAGAUGAACUCUGUAAUCUUGAUGUCUCUGAUGCCAUGCACGGUUUAAACAGGUGCUGCUUUAUCAACCCCCCGGAGUAUACUCGCUGAGUGACUGCCCUGGUAUUCCUGUGUGGCAGCCUUGACCUCCUGAUGCAGUUUUCUUGCCUUUUCCGUAGCUGUCCACGGCAUUUGGCAAACAGCACCAGAUCAUCCAGUAGAGCGAUGAGCUGCCAGCAUGAAAUAAACACCUCCAGUGAGCAGGUCCCAAAAGGACGUGGACAGGUCAGAGCCACCAGAUCAGGCCUCUCUGUCUCACAUCUGCCUUCCUCGUUGUUUGGGAAGUAGUUCUGUGCUGAAGAAGUGGAAGGUGCUAGUCUUGACGGUGCUGAGGAGGCAGGAAGUGGUCUCACAUUGUGCUUUCAUCUAGGGUGGAAGCCUCCUCUAUCGAUGCCAUGACAGUGGUGGAUUAUUAGCUUUGUCUCGAACAUGGUCCUCUGGGUGACACUGGCCUGGGGUCUGAGUCUCGAUCUGUCUGUUGCUAGUCCAGUCUUGGAGCCCUGUCGCAGUUCUUCAGAUUGUCUCUCGUUGCAGAUUUCCUUUCCAGUGGCCCUAUUCUGUGAGUGCCUCCAUCCCAUAUGUGGGGAACUGUGCUGUUUUCUUGAUCCUCUCUUUCCACUGGAGGCUUUGGCCUGUACAUGUGUGGGUUUGUUCUCUGUCUUCAUAGAACAGACUUCUCUAAUAUCGGUAGGUCUGUUUGAACAGUGGGUGCAUUGAAAGAAAAUGCCGAGGAUUCUAGCAUUGGCUUUUGUUGUUGUUAUUAUUAUUAUUAUUAUUAUUAUUAUUAAUUUUAUGUGUGUCGGUGUUUUGCCUGAGUCUGUGAAUGCCUGGUAACUGGAGGCCAGAAGAGUGUGUCAGAUCUGGACCUGGAAUUCCAGGUGAUCAUGAACCACCAUGUGGAUGCCAGGCAUUGUACCUGGAUCCUCUGAAAGAGCCAGGAUCUUGACUGCUGAGCCAUCACUCCAGCCCCAGCAUUGCUUUAUACUGAGAGGUGUACUUCAUUGUUUUGGCAGCCUGCCCCGUGUUAGAUAGCAGACCUAUAGCCACACAUGUGCUGGAUGGGACAGCACUCUACCUCUGAGCUGUACUCCCGGGCCGUGUUUGGAUUUUUGAAGACUAGGAAUGAUCUUGAGAAUCAAACAAACAAAAUGACUUCUCUUGUCACUUGUCUGUGAAAGUACUCCUUGUUAACUGUUUAGUGCCCUUUAAAGGCAUUAUUCAUGAUAAUGUACAGCCCCAUAUUAUUACUCAGUUUUUAAAUAAGUCUCAUCAUUUCCAAAACAAAUUUUUUUCUCAUUAAGUGUUCUAGCAACAUAUCUUCCAUCUGAUGAUCAGCUUAACUCUCAGGGUUAUUCUUAUAAUUCAUCUCAGAGAAUAAAUUCUUUAACUUAGCAUUUGAAAGUUAUGGUGUAUUGCUCUUUUACUUCUAAUUGAAAAUGUGCUUUUUGCUGACAUUAUUCCAGUAGUUGGGCUUGCUGUGUAUUGGCCAGUGGUAAGAAGUCCUGGCCCAAUACAGACUGCCUUGAGCUCGUCCACGUAGGAGCAAAUCCUUUGUUAUGUCUAAGCUGAACUUUUGUCAGAGGAAUGAACAGUGUGUGGUUGCCACUGUCUCAUGGACCAGACCUCUCUAAAAUAAGAGCUGCUUAAAUGAUGUGGCUGCUAUAAAAGAAAUAUUAGCUGUUGGGAGUGACAUCUCAUGUUUUAUGCUGUGUGUACAUGUUUUGUGUAUGGUGAACAUGUAAAUCUCAGAGUUACGUAAAAUCUGUAGUAGAAAGUUACAUUUCCUACAGAGUCUAGUUUUCUCUUCAUAGCGUGAAGACCCUUGUAGCAUUGGGAGGUUACUUUCUGAGGAGGGAGCUUCCUAGCACCUCAGGGACAGUUUACCUGAGGCCAUACAGUGCCAAGGUGAACGUCUUCUGAGGUUUUGGUUCUGUCUGGAAUUUGGUGGUUGGUAUUCUGUUAACAUUCCUCAUCUAGUUAUAAGUCAUACCAGCCACCAGUCUUCCCGUGUCGUUCUCUUUCAACUCAGAAGUUUAACAGCACAGCCCUUGUGUAGCUUUUUCCAGGAAUUAGAACUGGCUGACCUACCACCUGUGUGAUGUGGGCAGGGAGGCUGAGACCCGUGCUGCCGGUUACUGUCCGCCUGACCUGCUUUUAUGGCCUCUUGGAAACUAGAUCUAACAAGAACCUGAGGGUAAGCUCCCUGCCCAAAUCUAGUCAUCAGUCACCACUCCCACCCCAACCCCCUAGCUAACUGCACAUUCUUUCGCAGACCAUUAGCUUCAUGUAUGAGUAUAAUGUUGUCACUGUUUGCUGGAUCCAACAGGAAAUCAGUCCUUCCCUUGUUUACCUAAACUGCUACACCAAAGUAGGCUUCCUGUGCCAAAUGAAGGAGAUGAGGGAAUGGAGGAAAUAGAAAAAGGCACUUUGUACUCACAGAAGAUACCCCCAAAACAUGUCCCUUUUCACUAGCGGGGUAGCUUGUGUAUUGCGGGGAGGUGAGUACUGUAAAUCAGCUCUGUCUGUACCAUUCAUUUGUUUUGUAGCCUCUAUUAUAAAAGUUUACGGUC